AAUUCAUUUCACAACACUCAGCUCUAUCUUACUAUACAUAUCAUCAGCUGAAUGGCACAGAAAGUGCUUGGUUGGGCUGCUCAUGAUGAUUCUGGGAAGCUUAGACCCUUCAUAUUCACUCGAAGAGAAAAUGGCAUCAAUGAUGUAACCAUCAAGAUCAUGUACUGUGGGAUAUGCCGGACUGAUGUUGAUUUUGCUAGAAAUGAAUGGGGAAAUACCACCUACCCUAUUGUGCCCGGGUAUGAAAUAGUGGGAAUUAUAACAAAGGUAGGGAGCAAUGUGGGUGAUUUUAAGAUUGGGGAUAGGGUUGGGGUAGGCUAUGUGUCACAUACAUGCUUGAAGUGUGAGCUAUGCAACAACUCAAAGGAGAAUUACUGCGACCAAAUGCGGCCUGUUUAUAAUGCCAUUGCUUCUGAUGGUUCUGUCACCUAUGGAGGUUUUUCCAAAAUGAUUGUAGCACAUCACAGGUACUGUGUGCACAUUCCAAACAACCUCCCCAUGGACAGAGCAGCACCCCUGUUAGGAGCUGGGAUCACAGUGUAUUGUGCCAUGAAAAACAGCAACAUAUUUGAGAGCCCAGGGAAGCAAAUUGGAGUGAUUGGUCUUGGAGGGCUUGGACAUAUGGCUAUCAAAUUUGCCAAGGCAUUUGGGCACCAUGUCACUGUCAUUAGUACCUCUCCUUCCAAGGAAAAACUGGCUAAAGACAAAUUGGGUUCUGAUGAUUUCAUUUUGAGCACCAACCCUACACAAAUGCAGUGGAGUAGAAGAAGUCUAGACUUUAUUUUGGACACAGUAUCUGCAAACCACUCUCUUGGACCAUACAUUGAGCUAUUGAAAGUGGAUGGAACUUUGGCAAUUGUGGGAGAACCACCUAAUCCAAUUGAUUUUCCUUCUACACCUUUGAUAUAUGGAAAGAGAACAAUAAAGGGUAGCAUCAUUGGAAGUGUGGGAGAAAUUGAAGAGAUGAUGGAUUUGUGUGGGAAGUAUGAGAUCUUGCCGGAUAUAGAGCUUGUGUCACCGAAGCGGAUCAAUGAAGCCUUUGAUAGGCUCUUAAAGAAUGAUGUUAAGUUUAGAUUUGUUCUUGACAUUGCUGGUGACCAAGCAUCAAGGCUCUAA